CAGAGCAAAGAGAGGUGGAAUUGGAGGGGAAGCCAAACUUCAAACUGAGGAACAGCGCUCGUCCCAAUUCCAUUUCCAUUUCUAAUUUUCCCGUCUUAGAAUCAUCAAUUUAGCGAAGACCUUCUCAAUUCAAUUGCGAGAUUCGAAAAUUACGAGGCAUUUCUUCACUUCUCUGCAAUGGAAUCCUCUGCAAUUACUCUCAUCAUGGUUCAAGGACCUCGCGAGGGCGAAACCCUACAUUUUCCACCCGGAACGACGAUUCGGAUCGGUCGCGUUGUUCGGGGUAAUUCCGUCGCUAUCAAAGACGCUGGCAUCUCCACCAAGCACCUCUCUAUUGAAUCCGAGUCCGUAUCAGGCAAGUGGAUGCUUCGGGACCUUGAUUCUUCAAAUGGUACUUUUGUUAACGAUGCUAAGCUUUCUCCACACGAUGCCGUCGCUCUAAGAGACGGCGACACCAUUAAAUGCGGCGAGUUGACCUCGAUUUUGGUCAGAAUAAACAGUAAUGAAGAGUGUCGAUCGAAGCGAAACCCUAGGCGGAAAGCUGCGGAGAAGUGUACAGGUUCCAAUGUCGUGGGAUCAGUUGCAGGAACUCGGGGUCGAAGAGGAAAGGCUGUGGAAGAGGUAAGCGUACUUGGGGUUUUUAAUGAGGCGACGUUAGAGAGUGGAAGAUGUUUAAGGCCGAGGAAGAGGAGGGGUGUGAAAUGUGAAAUUACUAACCAAGUAGCGGAUUGCAAGAAAAUUGAGGAGAAUUUAGAUUUGGUAAGAGGGUCAGAGAAUGUGAACAAUGUGGAAAAUGAACCCAGCACAAAAAUUACUAGAGGAAGCACCAGGAAAGCGAACAGCACUGUACGUGUGGCCACUGAUUCUGUUCUUGGGAAUGUUCCGGAGAACCCAUGUCUGGGUGGUGAACUAAAGGCUGGGGCAAAAAAGACGAGAGCGGGAACUAGGGGAAGGAAGAAAUUGCAAAAUGAGCCACCACCCGAUUGUGGUACAGUUAUAAAAUUGGAACAUAGUGAAAGCGUCGAGCAGAAGAGCUUAGGAGAAAAUAAACUGGUUGACGAUGGAGAAGGUAAGAACAAUGCGCAUGUUGAAGAAGCCGGUAGUGGGUCUAGCCCUCAAGUGGUCUGUGAUCGAGAUGAAAACGAAGAUGUGUGUAUUAUUUCAGAAGGUUGCGAAAAGGUUGCUGAUGGGAGAGAUUCACAUGGUGAGGACAUCCUUCGUAAGGCCGAGGAGGCGCCAGAUUUGAAGAAGAUGACACUUGGGGAGUGGUUUGAUUAUUUGGAGACUCACUUGCCUAAACAAAUUAUUGAUGCGACUGAAGAGGUUAUUUCUGGUAUGAGAAUUAAAUCUGCACAAGUACGGGAGUAUGUUGCACAGCAGAAGAUUGAGAAUAGCCAGGGAGGUUAGUGGAAGGAAAACACUGGCGUACGAGGUAACCUUUUUGCUUCCUUAUUUGAUUUAAAAUUGUACAUAGAUUAUUCUUAGUUUGUUACACACACCUUUUUGAUCUUCUAAUAUAUCAUUUACUUGAUUA